AUGUUUGACUGGGGGCCACGACAACUCAGUAGUGAGGAUGAGCUCAAAGGAGUUCAAAUGCGCGUCUACACCAAACCGGCGGGGCUUAUCGGUCGGUUUAUCGGUCGCGCUCUGUGCUUUCGCAUUGAUGACUUUUCGUAUUUUCUCAACCGCAAAGAUGGUAAUUUGCAGCGCGUUGAGGUCGAGGCAAGCUCAAUCACGCCGGAGUGUGAGGUCUACUGCGAUGCCGUGCGAUCGGAGAGGGUCGGCCUCACCUUCUCCGAGGUGGCGCGUCUGAAACGACGGCUAAACAUGAGCGUCCUCGACAUCGCACGCUAUCCGAUAGCCGAGUUCGACGUCGAAAGCGAUGAAAGCGAUGAGAUGAAAGGCGUCCUCCACUUCCACGGGAAAAGCCACCCCAUCACCUGCGUAAAGCAAAUCCAGGCAAGGGAUCUGCUCGUGCGCUGCCCAAUCUCGAUGAGAAAGUUUAACAUCCCACCGUAUGGGAUUUGGCUGGGACUGCUUAGCGUUGCCGAUGAGGUUGAUAUCGAGACACGUGUUUCUUUGAACGCCUUGAAGUUGUAG